AAUCAAAGCGAUAGCUACGUAAACGAGGUACGGCUUUAACGCAAUUAUUAAACUGCGCAUCGAGUUGGCGCACAGUUAUCACGUGACCUUUGCUAUUCCUUACGAUUCGUUCAAUGUGCGCAUGCGCGUUCCAAAUUGUUCCGUAGCAUCCUAGCUAUAGCCAGAGAGCAUUGCGGGAAUACGAAAAGAAGGGGGUGUUCUAUUCACUGUUUUCUCGAAAUUUCAUCAUCGCGUUCUAUAUACACACAAUACAGUGAUUAAUAUUACGACGUAGUUAAUUCUGUUAUCGGUUAAAGCUGCGCAGUAGCGACCCAAAUAAGGGCUUUUCUUGUGUGCUUUUACCUUGAGCGGCAAGGAAUUGGUCACACGCUGAUGGCGGUCACUAUCGAGGAUCUCUAUCGAAACUACGGGAUCCUUGCUGAUGCUAAAGAGAACCUCAGCCAGCACAAAGAUGCAUAUCAAGGGAUCCUGGAUGGAGUGAAGGGUGGUGCCAAGGAGAAGCGACUGGCAGCUCAGUUUAUUCCUAAAUUCUUCAGCAGUUUUCCAGAGUUGGCAGAUGCAGCCAUAAAUGCCCAACUCGAUCUCUGUGAGGAUGAAGAUGUGUCUAUUCGACGACAAGCCAUUAAGGAGUUGCCCCGGUUUGCAACUGGCGAGAACAUCUUCAGAGUUGCAGAUAUUCUGACCCAGCUCCUUCAGACAGAUGAUACAGCAGAGUUCAACCAGGUGAAUGCAGCUCUGCUUUCUAUAUUCAAAAUGGAUGCUAAAGGUACUCUUGGAGGCCUUUUCUCUCAGAUUCUGCAGGGGGAGGACAUUGUGCGAGAAAGAGCCAUCAAGUUUCUGUCCACCAAACUUAAGACACUACCAGAGGAUGUCAUGACGAGGGAGGUGGAGGAGUUUGUCUUUGCAGAAACAAAGAAGGUGAUGGAGGAUGUGACAGGAGAGGAGUUUGUGCUCCUGAUGCGUGUGGUGUCUGGUCUGCGCGUGCUGCAGUCGGUAAAUGGGCGGCAGCAGCUCGUAGAGUUGGUGGUGGAUCAGGCUGACCUGGAACAAGCCCUCAACCCAGCAGACCCAGACGCUGUGGACCGCCUCCUGCAGUGUACGCGCCAAUCCCUGCCGCUAUUCUCUAAAAAUGUCCAUUCUACUCGAUUUGUAACCUACUUCUGUGAAAACGUCCUGCCCAACCUCAGCACCCUGACAAGUCCUGUGGCAGAACUGGACAUUCAGCUGGAGGUGCUGAAGCUGCUGGCUGAGAUGAGUCCGUUCUGUGGCGACAUGGAGAAGCUUGAGGCCAACCUCAACACAUUGUUUACCAAGCUUCUGGAGUUCAUGCCCUUACCACCAGAGGAGGUGGAGAACGGUGAGAACUCUGCGAGCGAAGAGCCCAAACUGCAGUUCAGCUACGUCGAGUGUCUCAUCUUCAGCUUCCACCAACUGGGCAAGAAGCUUCCUGACUUUCUUGUUGAUAAAGUGGAUGCUGAACACCUUAAAGACUUCAAGAUCAGGUUGCAGUAUUUUGCCCGAGGCCUGCAGGUUUACAUCAGACAACUGCGAGUGGCUCUGCAAGGAAAGACAGGAGACGCUCUGAAGACAGACGAGAACAAGAUCAAAGUGGUGGCCCUGAAGAUCACAAACAACAUCAACAUUCUUAUCAAGGAUCUCUUCCACAACCCUCCAUCGUUCAAGAGCACAGUUACUCUGUCCUGGAAACCUGUCCAGAAGCCGGAGGCAGUAGCGGCCAAGCGUCCUUCAGGGGAGGAAAUGGGAUCCGGGGGAAGCACAAAUAAACAGAUCGCCCCUCUGCCUCGGCGGGACGCACGACAAAUUUACAACCCCCCCAGUGGCAAGUACAGCGCCUCUAUUGGCAAUCUUUCUUAUGAGCAGCGCGGCGGCUUCAGGGGUGGGCGAGGGCGAGGCUUUGGAGCGAGAGGCGGCAGGAGCCGAGGCCGAGUCUACUGAAACACAAUAGUGUACAUUUUGCUCUUUGUACUGCAUCACAUCAGGAUAUUUUCCACACAAGAAUGGACUAUUUGUCAUCUGUAUUUUUUUAAAGGCUUUGCUUUUACAAGGAUUUAGUUUUGGUUUGUGUUUUUUUUUCUUCUUCUUUUUUUCUUGGAUGGGGGGGCGUGUUUUCUAAAUGUCCAGUCCCAACUUUUCUACUUGUCAUUUCAGUAUUUAGUCUCUGUAUUUCUCUUAGCCAAGGUGAUAGUAAAUCCAAAUGUGUGGUGUUGUUUUGUCGUCAUUUUUGUCUCAAACUUUUAAACACAUAUUUUUGUGAAACAAAAGAUAGCCAACUUAUAACUGAUCAUUUUUGUCAGAUAGUUGUCAGAUGAAGAGCCUCUUGUCUUGCAACAUGUCAGUAAAUACAUUUACUUCUAUCUUUUUAUUUAAUCCUGUUUUUGUUUUUAAUCUGUGCUUAAGUUGAAUUGGCUGACAGCUACUUUGUAUGCAUUGUUGACGCUGUUUCAUUGGAUUUUUAUCAUAAACUUGUAUGGAAGUAUGA